GUCAAACUAUCCGAAACCGAAUAUCAUCAAACAAGAAACAUCACCGAAUCCAACGGCCGGGAAUACUCCACCGUCGCCACUGUCAUCUCCAAUUGCAUCCGAAUUUGUGGUUUCUCGCUUGCCGGCGAGUGUGAUUGCAGGUAACUGCGUCGACGAUGAGGCUUCUCAGGGUGGCGGCGUGCAAUUUGAAUCAAUGGGCAAUGGAUUUCGACUGCAAUACGAAGAACAUCAAGGAUUCAAUUUCUAGGGCUAAAGCAGCCGGCGCCGUGAUUCGGCUCGGACCGGAGCUUGAAAUUACCGGAUAUGGCUGCGAGGACCAUUUCUUGGAACUCGACACCGUGAACCACGCGUGGGAAUGCUUAAAAGAAUUAGUGCUUGGUGAUUGGACAGAUGGAAUAUUGUGCAGUUUUGGUAUGCCGAUAAUCAAAGAUUCAGAACGUUAUAAUUGUCAAGUGCUCUGCUUGAAUAGAAAAAUUCUGAUGAUACGCCCAAAAAUGUGGCUUGCAAAUGAUGGAAACUACCGGGAACUUAGAUGGUUUACUGCAUGGAAGCAGAGGGAACAUCUGGACGACUUUCUUCUUCCAGCUGAUAUUGCCGAGGCUCUGUCUCAAAAGACAGUGCCUUUUGGCUAUGGAUAUCUUCAGUUUCUAGAUACAGCUGUUGCAGCUGAAGUUUGCGAGGAACUUUUUUGUCCUAUGCCCCCUCACGCGGAGCUUGCACUAAAUGGUGUUGAAGUUUUUAUGAAUGCUAGUGGAAGCCACCAUCAAUUGCGGAAACUUGAUCUUCGCGUCCGUGCUUUUAUAGGUGCAACACAUACCCGUGGAGGAGUUUACAUGUAUAGCAAUCAACAAGGUUGCGAUGGUGGACGGUUGUAUUAUGAUGGAUGUGCUUGUGUAGUUGUGAAUGGGGAUGUAGUUGCCCAAGGCUCACAGUUUUCCCUUAGGGAUGUUGAAUUGGCGGUUGCUCAAGUAGAUCUAGAUGCGGUAGCCAGUCUUAGAGGAUCUAUCAGUAGCUUUCAGGAACAAGCCAGUCAUAAAAUUAGAGUUCCCUCAGUUGCUGUUGCUUACAAACUCUGCGAGUCUUUUAAUCGCCAGAUGUCUCUUUCAAGUCCACUUAAGAUUCAAUAUCAUUCUCCUGAAGAGGAAAUAGCGUUUGGGCCAGGCUGUUGGCUAUGGGAUUAUCUGCGAAGAAGUGGUGCAUCUGGUUUCUUACUUCCACUUUCUGGUGGAGCGGAUAGCUCAGCUGUUGCUGCCAUAGUCGGUUGCAUGUGCCAGCUAGUGGUAAAAGACAUAUCAAAUGGCGAUGAACAAGUCAAAGCUGAUGCUAUAAGAAUUGGCCAUUAUACCGAUGGACAAUUUCCAAAGGACAGCAGGGAGUUUGCUAAGCGUGUAUUCUACACAGUAUUCAUGGGAACUGAAAAUAGUUCUGAUGCCACAAGAUCAAGGGCAAAGAUACUUGCGGAAGAAAUUGGGUCAUGGCAUCUGGAUGUCUCGAUUGAUGGAGUGAUUUCUUCCCUGAUCUCUCUGUUUCAGACACUUACAGGAAAAAGACCACGCUACAAGGUGGAUGGUGGUUCACACAUUGAAAAUUUAGGACUGCAAAACAUCCAGGCUCGAAUAAGAAUGGUCUUAGCAUUUAUGCUAGCAUCACUUCUGCCAUGGGUUCAUAGCAAACCUGGUUUUUACCUUGUGUUGGGAAGCUCCAACGUAGAUGAAGGAUUACGUGGGUAUUUAACUAAGGUACUUCUACAAAGGUUCUUAACAAGUUCUGCUGAUGUAAACCCAAUUGGAAGUAUCAGUAAGCAGGACCUGCGAAGGUUUUUGAGAUGGGCAGCUGUCCAUCUCGGUUAUUCAUCUUUAAAAGAGGUUGAAGCUGCUCCUCCAACUGCUGAAUUGGAGCCAAUACGAUCCAAUUACAGCCAGCUCGAUGAAGUGGAUAUGGGAAUGACAUACGAAGAACUCUCGGUGUACGGUAGGCUGCGCAAGAUUUUCCGCUGUGGACCUGUAUCUAUGUUUAAGAAUCUUUGUUACAAAUGGGGAUCGAAGUUGACUCCAGCCGAGAUCUCCGAGAAAGUUAAAUAUUUCUUCAAGUACUAUUCCAUCAAUCGACACAAGAUGACAGUCCUAACACCUUCAUAUCACGCAGAGAGUUACUCACCUGAGGAUAACCGGUUCGAUUUGCGCCAAUUCCUUUACAACACGAGAUGGCCAUUUCAGUUCAGAAAAAUCGACGAACUCGUGCAUCAAAUGGAUGGCAACAAAGUUGCACUUGUGGAAAUAAGUGGGGCAAAAAAUGUUGGGGCCACGGUCGAGGGUGGGAUGGGUGUUGUAGCUGCAGGUUCGGGCAAUCCUUCUGCCGGAGUUUAAACUCAUUGACUUUAUGGACUCUUUCUCCGGCGACAGCCGCUCCCGGAAACCGCCGCCGGUGAGCUUUGCUUUGUGAUGAUGAUCUUAAUCUCAAUAUAAACAACUAAUUUACUUUCAAGUGUUUCAUAAAAGGUGUAUAAUAAAGCUUUUCUGGUCGUCUAUUGUGUAAUACGCUAUCCAAUGGUUAAUUUUAUCUUUCAUUACAUUUU